UUAUAUAGGCGGACGUCGGCAACGUUCAAACUAGUUGAAGAGUAUUUUCAGACCGGAGUAGUCGGUUUGAGAAACAGCUAUUAAGUAAUAACAAAAUUUAUGAAUUUACUAACGGACAUUUAUUCGCAUCGCCAAGUAAUUUAUUAAUCGACAUACUAAAGUUGUAAUCUACCUGAGGUUUUAGCGUGGUAAAUGGAGGAGAAGAAGAAAGACGGAGACCCGGAGAUUCAGGAACACGGACCCGAACAUUGGUUCUCAAAAUGGGAGCGGCAGUGUUUGGCCGAAGCGGAGCAAAGGGAGUCAAACGAGGAGGAGGCCGAUAACGACCAGGAUAAAUUAUGGCAUCUCUUCCAGAAUUCCGCCACUGCUGUGGCUCAGCUCUACAAAGACCGAGUAUGUCACCAACAGGGGGGGCUUUCUUUGUGGGUGCCGUUUCAGAACGCUGCCACAGCCGUGACCAACCUGUACAAAGAGUCUGUGGAGGCCCACCAGCGUAGCUACGACCUAGGUAUACAGAUCGGCCACCAGCGUCGCAACAAGGAUGUGCUGGCCUGGGUGAAGAAAAGGAGGAGAACCAUCCGGCGAGAGGACCUCAUCAGCUUCCUGUGUGGUCGGGCCCCACCCCCCCGGAGCUCCAGAGCCACCCUCACCCCAGGACACAGACUGACCAUGGUCUCCCCUAACCGGCCUCCCCCGGCCCCUGAGACUGACUCCUCUGUGGAGGCUGACCUCCAGCCCUUCAGAGAGGCCAUCGCACUGCAUGGUCUAAGUGGGGCUAUGGCCAGCAUCAGUGUUCGUUCCGGUACCCCAGGCUCUCCCACCCACGUGGGGGGUGCUGCUGGCGGUGGGUCGACUCCGGUGGGGCGUCGGCGUAACGGUCUCCAUGAUGUGGACCUGAACACUUUCAUCUCCGAGGAGAUGGCCCUGCACCUGGACGCUAACCCCAGGAAACGCAGCUCCGCCCAGUGCAAUGACGUCAUAACAGACUCCCCCACCCAUAAACGCAACCGGAUGAUCUGAUUGGGCUGGCACCCCAGGGAGGGUUGAGAGACCUUUGUGGGAGGGGGGGGGGGGGGAGUUCUUCAAACAGACAGACUGAAGGCUGUAUGGCUGUGGAGUGAACCGGCGUUGAGGAAUAAGGAGGCCUUCCAUUUAGUUGAGUGGGUGGUGUCCUCCUGUCCUUGUCUCCUUUCCUAGUUGAGAGCACUUGUCUAAACUGAAAGCAUGCUUGUUGGAAACCUGUCAUCAAUCCUUCCUAACCCCGUUAGGCUGCGUCUACAUAGGUAGCCUAAUUCAGAUCUUUUUCCACUAAUUGGGACUUUUGACCAAUCAGAUCAGUUCUUUUCCCAAUAAUUGGGCAACAGAACAGAAUUGGGCUGUGUUUGUAAAUGCAGCCUUAUUGAUCAGUGCUUGUGACUGUGAGGAACGGAAGCGAGGACAGAAAGGCAUCAAGGAGGUUGGGAUGCAGCCCCCUUUCAGAGGAGAAAUGCACUGUGCUGAUUUGAAAUAAAAAAGAAGCCACUUGAUCCUCUACACUUGUCGCCCCCACCUCUCUCUCUCCCCCCCCCCCCAUCCUCACCCCUCCCCCCUUCCUAAGGAAACGAGGGCCGUGGAAAACGUGUUACUCAGUGAACUAGAUAAUGAUUGAUGCCAGAAGUGGUUCUGUUGGAGAGAUGGCUUCUUUGCUAGAACUUAUUGCUUUGUGUUAGUCAUCCUGCUCAGUGGACAUUGAUGCAGUCUGUGAUGAUGAAGAGGAGGACAUCCCUCACGUGAGAUUUCCUGACUGUAUCCCAAAUGGCACCCUAGUCCCUACACGGCACCCUAGUCUCUACAACAUAGCCCCUACAUCCUAGUCUCUACACAGCACCCUAGCCCCUACACCCUAGUCUCUACACCCUAGUCUCUACACAGCACCCUAGUCCCUACACAGCACCCUAGUCCCUACACCCUAGUCUCUACACCCUAGUCUCUACACAGCACCCUAGUCCCUACAACAUAGCCCCUAGUCCCUACACCCUAGCCCCUACACCAUAGCCCCCACAUCCUAGUCUCUACACAGCACCCUAGUCCCUACAACAUAGCCCCUACACCCUAGUCCCUACACAGCACCCUAGUCCCUACACGGCACCCUACUAUAUUACAGCAUAGGGCCCUUUUCUAAAGUGUUGCACUAUACAGGAUGUUUGGGAGGAGCCCUGCUGUCUCCUGUGUCUAGUUUGAUGGCUGUGGGGUCUGAGGGCUGUUGAUGUUUGAUUGUAUCGGCUUCCUUUCUGUCUGACAACUGUGCUUCAGCAGCCAUGUUAGAGACCCCGCAGGGUCAGCGUCCCAAAAUCCCACCCUAUUCCCUAGAUAAAGUGAACUAGUUUUUGCCUUUAGGUCACUCUGGUCAAAGUAGUACACUAGGUAGGGAAUAGGGUGCUAUUUGCUGCACUAACCCCAGUGUUCAGGUUCAUAUACCUCUGCCGCCUUGCUUUUUCUGUUGAGGGGUAUUUCACAGUUGAGGAAUGAUCCGUGUUACUUAAUGCCGGGAUGCUAUCUGACUGUUGCCAGACUGACCCUCCAGUCAGUGAUGUAGUGUGGAGACGGAUAGGAAGGUAAAAACUAUGAUCGCCGUUCACAGUGAGUAAAUGUAAUGCUCCCUAAACUUUCAAUGCAUUUUAUUUUAAUGUAAAAGAUGGGACAGGUAAACGCUCCCGCAAAAUACCCUGUGUUUCUACUCCACUACACCUCUGCCCCCUUUUUCUUCUGAGUAUGUUGAUGUUUUCUGAGUAUUCUGUUCAGUGUGGUUGUGUGUUCACCAUAUUACCUGAGUUGGAAUAAUGAUUUUUGCACUUAAGCCUCUUUUUCACAUCUAAACUCAUGUAAGUUGAUCUUCCACCGGAACCAACCAGGCAGUCCAUCCUCCACCUGAGGUAUUCAGUCAGACACCACCUUCACCUCCCCACCCUCUGGAACUGGGGGGGGGGGGGUUCACCUGCCACUAAACGGAAGAGAAACAAACUGAAAUGUUUUGCUACUCUGUGCUGCAAUGAAAAUGCCCCAAACCAGAAGAGAAAGACUGAAAUGUUUUGCUACUCUGUGCUGCAAUGAAAAUGCCCCAAACCAGAAGAGAAAGACUGAAAUGUUUUGCUACGUUGUGCUGUAAUGAACAUGCCCCAAACCAGAGGAGACAAACUGAAAUGUUUUGCUACGUUGUGCUGUAAUGAACAUGUCCCAAACCAGAAGAGAAACUCCUGUUUGUUUGUUUUCCGUUGCAAAACGUUUUGCUCUGCUGUGCCAUACUGAACACCACCCCAGAUUAAGAGAUGUGGUAGGAGCUAAAGUAGAGGCCCCAGAAACAAACUGACAGAAUUGUUAUUUUAGUGAGCGAGGGGUCUACAUCCCGAUGUCCACACUACUGUUUAGUAUGCCGUAUGAAUGGCCAAUCCAGUGCAUCGCUCCAUACUAAGUGAUAUUGUGACGUAGUCUGUCUUCUAAUGGGUGUUCAUUAUUGACUUGUGUUGAUGUGAAAAGAUGCAGUUGCCUGACUAUUAAAGCUGAAAGGGAUAGUUUACCUGAA